AUGGCUAGUCCACAGUGCAUGGAGGCAUCCGAACGCAAGAGGCAGUACAGUGCAAUGGGUCGUGCUAUCCAUAAGUGCUGCAACCCUAGCCUAUUGGCUAAAUACCAACUGUGCUCGGACACUGAGAGAUGGACAAUGCUGAAGCAGUGGCUCACCAAUGAUGGGAAGACUGACUCCAUUAAUGUGGAGGAAAAGUACACUCGGUGGACGGAGGAAUUGCGCAGUGACAAGUACUCCACUGUCACCCUUCUACAGCUGGAGAAGACUUACGGGUCGUCCCAAGAAGCCAAAGAUUUCAUUGCAGAGCUCAUCAAAGGCCAGUCGGGCAUUGCGCACCCUCAGGCGCCAAACUGCCCCAAAGCAAAAAUGUACAAAGUAUUACGGGAAAUAUCAGAAGAAAUUUCCCAGGGACAGAAAGGGGAAUCGAUGAUGUCCGUUGGUGGAAGGGUGAGAAACCCCCAGCUCAAAGCGAUGCUUGCUAAGCAGCUAGGGCAAAGUUUGGAAAGCUUAGAAGGAGCAAGUCUAGUGGACCUCAAGACUGGACGUAUCACUUCUAAGAAGGGUAAGAAGGAAAAAACGCCAGUCCAAUUGGCCUUGGACGAACUCAAGAAGGUGAAUGCAAAGUUUCUUGCCAAAACAUUGGUGCACAAUAUAUAA